GCCGGGGCCGUGGAUGGGGAGGGCGCGCCGCCCGGCGGUGCCCGCGCUCAGGCGGCCACGAUGAGGGUCAACGAGAAAUACUCGACGCUCCCGGCCGAGGACCGCAGCGUCCACAUCAUCAACAUCUGCGCCAUCGAGGACAUCGGCCACCUGCCGUCCGAGGGCACGUUGCUGAACUCGCUGUCAGUGGACCCCGACGCCAGCUGCAAAUAUGGCCUGUACUUCCGGGACGGCAAACGCAAGGUGGACUACAUCCUCGUGUACCACCACAAGCGGCCCUCGGGCAGCCGGCCCCUGGUCCGCAGGACGCAGCAGGCCGAGCCCGCGUCGGGCACUCGGGGUGCCAGGCAGGACCAGCCCCUGCCCGGGAAGGCGGUGACCCUGCCGCCGUCGCCCAUGCCACUGCCCACUUCGGACGCCAGCCCGCCCGAGCCCGCCAUGGACUAUCACGAGGAUGACAAGCGCUUCCGCAGAGAGGAGUACGAGGGCAACCUCCUGGAGGCCGGCCUGGAGCUGGAGCGCGACGAGGACACCAAAAUCCACGGCACGGGCUUCGUGAAGAUCCACGCGCCCUGGUCGGUGCUCUGUAGAGAGGCAGAAUUCCUCCGGCUGAAGAUGCCCACAAAGAAGAUGUACCACAUCAACGAGACACGGGGCCUGUUGAAGAAGGUCAACUCCAUUCUACAGAAGGUCACGGCCCCCAUCCAGCCCAAGGUGGCCGAGCACAGGCCCCAGAGCACCAAGAGGCUCUCGUACCCUUUCUCCCGGGAGAAGCAGCACCUGUUCGACCUGUCCGACAAAGACUCGUUUUUCGACAGCAAAACCCGGAGCACGAUUGUCUAUGAGAUUUUGAAGAGAACGACCUGUACCAAGGCCAAGUACAGCAUGGGACGAGGAGAGGGAAGGAAGGAGUCUGCCCUUCUAAAUAAAAGGCGCAAAUGUGGCAAGUACGGAAUCACGAGCCUGUUGGCCAACGGCGUGUACUCGGCCGCGUACCCACUGCAUGACGGAGACUACGAGGGCGACAGCGUGGAAUUCAACGACAGGAAGCUGCUGUAUGAAGAGUGGGCAAGUUACAGGGUCUUCUAUAAGUACCAGCCGAUUGACCUAGUCAGGAAGUACUUCGGGGAGAAGAUCGGCCUGUAUUUCGCCUGGCUGGGCGUCUACACCCAGAUGCUCAUUCCUGCCUCCGUGGUGGGAGUCAUCGUCUUCCUGUACGGAUGCGCCACCGUGGACCAGAACGUCCCCAGCAUGGAGAUGUGUGACCAGAGACAUAACAUCACCAUGUGCCCGCUGUGUGACAAGACCUGCAGCUACUGGAAGAUGAGCUCGGCCUGCGCCACGGCGCGUGCCAGCCACCUCUUCGACAACCCCGCCACCGUCUUCUUCUCGGUCUUCAUGGCCCUUUGGGCUGCCACCUUCAUGGAACACUGGAAACGGAAACAGAUGCGACUCAAUUACCGCUGGGACCUCACGGGCUUCGAGGGGGAGGAGGAGGCGGUCAAGGACCACCCCAGGGCCGAGUAUGAGGCCAGAGUCCUGGAAAAGUCACUGAGGAAAGAGUCCAAACACAAAGAGAAGCGCCGGCCGCUUCCAGAGGAGCCCACAAACACGUGGAAGCAGAGGGUUAGGACAGCCAUGGCAGGGGUGAAAUUGACCGACAAGGUGAAACUCACCUGGAAAGACCGCUUCCCAGCCUACCUCACCAACCUCGUCUCCAUCAUCUUCAUGAUAGCGGUCACCUUUGCCAUCGUCCUCGGGGUCAUCAUCUACAGGAUCUCGACAGCCGCCGCCCUGGCCAUGAACUCGUCCCCGUCCGUGCGCUCCAACAUCCGGGUCACCGUGACGGCCACGGCGGUCAUCAUCAACCUGGUGGUCAUCAUCUUGCUGGACGAGCUGUACGGCUGCAUAGCCAGGUGGCUCACCAAGAUCGAAGUCCCGAAGACGGAGAAGAGCUUCGAGGAGAGGCUCAUCUUCAAGGCUUUUCUCUUGAAGUUUGUCAACUCCUACACCCCCAUCUUUUACGUGGCUUUCUUCAAAGGCCGGUUUGUGGGGCGCCCGGGCGACUAUGUGUACAUCUUCCGUUCCUUCCGUAUGGAAGAGUGCGCCCCAGGGGGCUGCCUGAUGGAGUUAUGCAUUCAGCUCAGUAUCAUCAUGCUUGGCAAGCAGCUCAUUCAGAACAACUUGUUCGAGAUUGGCAUUCCGAAAAUGAAGAAACUCAUCCGCUACCUCAAGCUGAGGCGGCAGAGGCCCCCGGCCCCCGAGGAGGGCGUGAAGAAGAAGCAGCGUUACGAGGUCGAUUACAACCUGGAGCCCUUCGCCGGCCUCACGCCCGAGUACAUGGAGAUGAUCAUCCAGUUUGGCUUUGUCACUUUGUUCGUGGCGUCCUUUCCCCUGGCCCCGCUCUUCGCACUGCUCAACAACAUCAUCGAGAUCCGCCUGGACGCCAAGAAGUUCGUCACUGAGCUCCGCAGGCCCGUGGCGGUCAGGGCCAAGGACAUCGGGAUCUGGUACAACAUCCUCCGGGGCGUCGGGAAGCUUGCCGUCAUCAUCAAUGCCUUCGUGAUCUCGUUUACGUCCGACUUCAUCCCACGCCUCGUGUACCUGUACAUGUACAGUCAGAACGGGACCAUGCACGGCUUCAUCAACCACACGCUGUCAUCCUUCAACGUCAGUGACUUCCAGAAUGGCACCGCCCCCAACGACCCCCUGGACCUGGGCUACGAGGUGCAAAUCUGCAGGUACAAGGACUACCGCGAGCCCCCAUGGUCGGAACACAAGUACGACAUUUCCAAGGAUUUCUGGGCCGUCCUCGCAGCUCGCCUGGCUUUUGUCAUUGUCUUCCAGAACCUGGUCAUGUUCAUGAGCGACUUCGUGGACUGGGUGAUCCCGGACAUCCCCAAGGACAUCAGCCAGCAGAUCCACAAGGAGAAGGCGCUCAUGGUGGAACUGUACAUGCGGGAGGAGCAGGGCAAGCAGCAGCUGCUGGACACGUGGAUGGAGGAGUCCAGGAGGGACGGGCCCUGCAGCAAGCACAGCCCCAAGGCGUGCCAGGACGGCGGCCCGGGCCACUACGGCAGCGCCCUGUAG